CGCACGCACAAGUCGUCAAGGUGUGUCGCGAAGUGACUCAUGUCAAUCAACGUGUUUACCGAAAGCGGUGGCUAUUGCAAGCGCCCUAGUUUCCUUAUUUGGCCCUGUUUUAAAGCUAUUCUGGUGGUGGGUCAGCAACAUCGGCCUCGCUUCGCGGCGCUCGGUCGCAGUUCACCGCCGAUCACCUUUCGAUAUGUUUGCGUACGAACCACCUACUAAACUUAAACUUACCUGUGUUGAAGAGUUUCAGGAGGCAUUUCAACUAUUUGACUCACGCGGAGAUGGCAAGAUUCAUGUGGCCCAAAUUGGAGAUGCGCUUAGGGCUCUUGGACAGAAUCCUACUGAAUCUGAUGUGAAGAAGUGCACUCUUCACUUAAAACCUGAUGAAAGGAUAUCCUUUGAAGUUUUUCUUCCCAUUUACCAAGCAAUUUCCAAAGCUAGAAGUGGAGACACAGCAAAUGACUUCAUAGAGGGGCUGCGUCAUUUUGACAAAGAUGGGAAUGGCUUUAUCUCAUCUGCAGAGCUGCGCCACUUGUUGUCUACAUUGGGGGAGAAACUGAGUGAUGAUGAGGUGGAGCAGCUGUUGCAAGGGCAGGAGGAUUCCCAGGGCAACAUUAACUACGAGAACUUUGUUCACCUUAUCAUGCAGGGCUGAAGGUCACCAAACCCCGCCCCCCCUUUACGCAUUUAUCUUAAUCUGGCAUUUGUGUGCCUGACAAAUUUUACCUUAUGAUUCCCAUUUAAUGUAUUCCAAAUUUGUAAUAAGUACUUAUUAAGAAUAGCUUAGUGAUAUUAAUAUAGACAAUACAUUGCAUUAUCCAUUACAAAUCGUCAUUGAAUCUCUUUCGCAAAUACAGUUUUAGCUAUCUGAUCUAUAUUCUGUACUUUGAAAUUGUUUACAGUGCCGUGUGGUUCCCGGCACCAAUCCAAAAAAUAAUAGGACCACUCCAUCUCUUUCCCAUGGAUGUCGUAAAAGGCGACUAAGGGAUAGGCUUACAAACUUGAGAUUCUUUUUUAGGCGAUAGGCUAGCAACUUGUCACUAUUCGAAUCUCAAUUCUAUCUUAAAGCCAAAUAGCUGAACGUGGCCUAUCAGUCCGCUCAGGACUGUUGGCUCUGUCUACCCCGUAAGGGAUAUAGACGUGAUUAUAUGUAUGUAUGUAUGUAUGAAAUUGUUUACUCAGAAAGUUUCAAAGUAGAGUUUUUUAGAAUUAAAGAUCUAUUCGAUAGUAUUUGAAAUGGAUAAUACAGAUAAAAUAUACAUAAAAGUGGAUUUAAGGGGUAAUACCUUUUUGAAAUAAAUUAUAUUAUUAAUAAUUAAA